ACAAUGCGUCGUAUACCGGGUUCACCCUCCUCAGUUGAGUAGAGAGACGGACUGCUCGGAACGUCACCACCGUAGCUAACCACCCGAAGCCGCCGUUCGAUAGUCACAAAUGCUUACCAACAGUCCGCCGACGGUCAAUAGGUGUCGCGUACAUAACAGUGGCGUGUGUGAUCGGUGGUGAGUCGGUCGCUGAGAAAAUCACCAUGAAACUUAAACAACGAAUCGGGGUCACGUCGGCAACUAUACUGCUAUGUCUUCUACUUAUGGUUUGUAUGGAGAGUGGUAUACGUCCAUUAUCCGCCAUACGUAAUGCUGUGAGAGGGGGGAACCUGCAAGAUGAUGAAAUUUUACAACCAGGAGGCAAACUGAUUGACAACCCGAGAGUACAUAUCAUACGAAAACAACUUGGGAAAAGUGACUCUGGUAAGGGGUCGCCGCUCACUGGUGCUGUGUUGAAUGAUAGCAAUCAACGGCCACUGAGUCCUGAAGUAGACAGUAGACAGAGUGUUGUUUUCGCAGUGAAUAGGACUGCACAGGGCGAUACAUUACCUGUUGGUUCGGACACCAACAACAUCACCCAGAGCAUCAAAACACAACAUGCGCUAAAUUUGGACGUACUAUCCCAGCAACACCCGAUUGCGAAAGAAGGGAUAUCGUUUUCGGAACCGCUAUUUGCUGCUCUGGGUAAGCUUAAGGAACGGGCACCGAUUGUGCUAGAGACGAUACCAAACACCGGGAAAUACGAGGCGUUUUUUAAAACUGGUCCAAAUUCGAACCCAACGCCGAGGGAUGCAGAACCAUUGCUGAAACCGUACAAAUCUAAUCGGAAGGUACCAGCAUGGGAACGCUUUCAGAAUGGUAUAAAUAGGUUUGCAUUGUACGACCAUAACGACCCAAAUAUUGAAGAACUUCUUGAUAACUUGUCAAACCUAGAGAUAGCUGAAGUCGAUGAGAAGUCUGGUGGCACCCAGGUGAAGCUGAUUAUUGAUUUCAUAGAUGGUGGCCAAGCUCUCUUCAAACCCUGGAAAGUGCCACGUGAUUAUCAGACUGUUCCUGAUCACUUUUAUUUUUCUGACAUCGAAAGACACAAUGCUGAGAUUGCGUCCUUCCAUUUAGAUCGCAUAUUAGAUUUUAGAAGAGCGCCUCCCCAGGUAGGUCGAUGGGUGAACCUCACUUCACAGAUUUAUGAUCUCGCUGACUCAACUCUCAGAAGAUCAUUCUUCCGUUCCCCAGCCAACAAUGUUUGUUUUGUUGGUCACUGUUCAUACUAUUGCCAAACUGAGACAGCUGUCUGUGGUCAUCCCGAUAUGAUAGAAGGCUCAUUUGCUGCUUAUCUACCCCCAUUUAAAAUGGCACCAAGAAAAACAUGGCGACACCCCUGGAGACGAUCUUAUAGCAAACACAGGAAAGCCAUAUGGGAAGACGAUCCAAAUUACUGCCAGGACGUAAGGAACAAACAUCCAUACAACACUGGAAGGCGUCUACUGGAUUUGAUGGAUUUGGCUGUAUUUGAUUUUCUAAUUGGUAAUAUGGAUCGACAUCAUUACGAAACAUUCAGCAAAUUUGGCAAUUAUACCUAUCCCCUUCACCUUGACCAGGGCAGAGCGUUUGGAAAAUACGCACACGAUGAAUUAUCUAUAUUGGUGCCUAUAGUCCACUGUUGUGUAAUUCGCAAAUCGACACAUACACGAUUGCAGCUUUUGGCGACAUCCAACUUUCAGCUCAGCGAUGUCAUGAGAGAUUCAAUGUCCACUGACAAGAUAGCUCCUGUUGUAUUUGAACCUCAUUUAGAAGCAUUAGACCGACGCCUUGGAAUCAUCUUGAAGACAGUAGACAAUUGUAUAAAAACUAACGGAGCGGUAAAUGUUUUAAAACCAGAGCCAUCAUUUGCGGCAUAUCAUGAGCCAACACGAAGCAACGAAGAUUGGUUCUGGUGAAAUAAAUAUAUUUGCACCAGCAUUUUCUUCACAUUUUUUCAAUGAUAUUGUUUUACUUUGUAAUCAUUGUGCAAUUUUAGAUUGAAUGCGUUUCAAAUGCAUUUGAUAUAAUUUUAAAAUUUAAAUUACUUGUUUUGUUAAAAUGAAAUAAAAU